UGGCGCUGUGUAUAGUGUAGCCUACAAUACAGCAUGUCCUAUUUACUCUUAAUCAACCAAUUUUGGCCAACGCGGUUUUCAUUAACAGAUCCGUAGUAUAUGAAGCGCCAGGCUGUAUGACAAGGCGCUUUCUAUUCUGCUGACGACAACAGUUUAUAAGUUGUCGGAGAACUGCAGUUGGCAGAGACUCUCGGACCUUACACAACGCGACCACUGCCAGCUCCAGAGCAGCGAAAGACGGAAACGUAGUGUGUACUUGAACGUAGCAUACAGUAGGGGAAUGUCGUCCAUCAAAGUGGAAUGUGUUGUGAAGGAGAAAUGUGAACUUGGCGAGAGUCCGGUUUGGGAGGAGAAGGAAGGCACCCUUCUGUAUGUUGACAUAUCUGGCCAAAGAGUGAGCAGGUGGAACCCAUCGACCAAUAAGAUUCAGAGUGUGCGCACAGAGAAGUGCGUGGGCUCCGUCGUGCCCCGGAAGUCCGGUGGCUACGUGAUUGCUGAGGGCACCCGGUUUGCUUCUGUGGAUUGGGACAGGCAGAAGGUCACCACCAUCGUUGAUGUCCAGGGCGAAAAGAGCAACAACCGCUUCAACGAUGGGAAAGUCGACCCCGCUGGCAGGUUUUUCGCAGGCACCAUGGCGAUGGAGGUUCGCCCUGCGGUGCUGGAGAGGAAACAGGGGUCACUGUAUACCCUGCACCCCAACCAUACUGUGGUCAAACAUUUUGACCAGGUGGACAUCUCCAACGGUCUAGACUGGUCCCUGGACCACCGCACCUUCUAUUACAUUGAUAGCUUGUCCUACCAAGUGGAUGCCUUCGACUACGACAUUAACACGGGCAGCAUCAGUAACCGGAGAAUGAUAUACAAGCUUGAGAAGGAGGAAGGUAUCCCUGAUGGCAUGUGCAUCGACACCAAGGGAAAAUUGUGGGUGGCUUGCUUCAAUGGAGGCAGAGUGCUGCGCAUUGACCCACAGACUGGCACUCGACUCCAGACGGUGAAGCUCCCAGCUGAGAAGACCACCUCCGUCUGCUUUGGUGGAAAGGACUACUCUGAGCUCUACGUCACGUCUGCCUACACUGGCAUGGAUGAUGCAGCCAUGGCCAAACAGCCUCAGGCUGGCUGCAUCUUUAAGGUGACUGGCUUGGGAGUUAAGGGAAUUCCCGCAUACUCAUUCGCUGGAUAAGCCUGAAAACAGGGCGCGGAAAUAGAGAUGUGAAGAAACCAUGUCAGCGCAAACACAGACAUGGAUGUCACUACCAACGCUCUAGUUAUAUGUCUUGUCUUGAUUUUGAGUAAUGAACUAAACAAGACUAGUGCUAAUGUGAAAUCUGUCAUCAUCUGAGAUUAAUACAAUUUUAGCAUGUAGUAGGAAGAAGCUGGUAGGCCUACGUUGUGUACUCAUAGACAGUACUGCUGUUGUUGUUUUUGACGUGGGAGUGUAAACUUGCAGGGCUCUGAAGCUACGACGAAUUUUAGUCAGGGAGCCCUGGGUUUAGAUGUAAUACUCAUGACCUAAUCACAGUAUAACAACCAUGAAUAUGCAUUUGUCAGAUAAUACCACUGCUAUUAAAAGGUUUUAAGACCA